UCUUCCAUCACAUCCCAAAUAAAGAUAUCAAUUGGAGAUAAAGAUCCUGUUUUCACUGCCCAACAAAAACCAACCUCAAUCGAUCCAUGCUUCUCUGUUUUACAUUCUUCAAUUGUUCUUGCACAAAUUGUUGUCGUCAGCUUAAGAUUCUUGAAGUUAUGAGACGAAAACCUAAGUUAUCUUGAGAAUCUGAGAUGGGUUGCAUCAGAUCCAUGAGACCCACCUUUUAUAUGUUGAAAUCUUGAAAAAAAGCUCAAUUGCUUUUAGGGUUUCUGUGUGAUUUCCGGUGGGUUUUCUUCAUUCAUGGGCAAGGGUUUGUGAAAUCUUUGAAAAUAGGAGUUAGGGUUCUUGAAGAAAUCUUGUAUUCUCUAGAUAGAUGUCCAAAAGUCUUUGUAGUUUUUGAAAUUUAUCUUUAGGGUUCUUCAGAUCCAAUAUCAGAUCACCAGAUCUGUUGAUCGUGAUUAUGGAAUUAAUGUAGCACUUUAAGUAAUUUAAGAGAUCUCUGUUAGAAAAAAAAAGAUGGGUCUGAUAGAAGAGAUGGCUCCUGCUGUUUCUGUUGCAAUUAGCUUAACUAAUCCCAUAUCCAAGAACCCUAAUCAUGGAAGUCAUCUAGAUUUCGGCCGGAUCAUGCUUCUGACCGGAUUUCAGUCGGAUCAUGCUACCGAUUGCAACGAAUCCUCGAGUGAUUUGAACAUUCUUGGAGUGGGGAAAUCUGGGUUUUCGGAAACAAUCCAAGAAAUUGGGAGCAAAAGGGUGGUGAAUGAUGAUAUAAUGAUUCAAAAAAAAGAUGGAGAUGGGAUUAUAUCAGUCGGGGAUCGACUCAGUGAGUUGCUAGCUGUGGAUUCGAGUUCAAUGAGUUUGCCGGUUGCAGUUGCGAUAAAGGGUACAGAAAAGGGUCAAAUAGUUGCGGAAGUGAUAAGUUUGGAGAAAGAAACGAAAGGAAGCGCAAUUGGGCAUACUUUAAAAGCAUCGGUAGUGGUUCUUGCUGAUAAGAAUAAUCAUAAUAGUAAAGGUGUAAGAAGCGUUUUCGAAUUAGAAUGUGUACCACUUUGGGGUUUUCAUUCGGUUUGUGGUAAAAGGCCAGAGAUGGAAGAUGCGGUUGCGGCCGUUCCUCAAUUUAUGAAAAUUCCGGUUAAGAUGUUGGCUGGGGAUCAUAUAAUCAAUGUGAUGAAUCCAAAUUUGAAUGAUUUGAAUGCACAUUUCUUUGGAGUAUAUGAUGGUCAUGGUGGCAGCCAGGUGGCGAAUUACUGUCGUGAUCGUGUCCAUAUUGCGUUAGAGGAGGAAAUCAAAGUUAUGAAGCAAGAAGUGGUUAAAGGAACCAUGAACGAGACUGUACAGGUUCAGUGGGAGAAAGCAUUCACUAAUUGCUUUCAAAAGGUUGAUGAUGAAGUUGGAGGAAAAGCGAGCGGAAUCGUAGAUCCAUCUAACGCCCCUUCUGAACCAGUAGCCCCGGAAACCGUGGGGUCCACUGCUGUGGUUGCGUUGAUCUGUUCAUCACAUAUAAUAGUUGCAAAUUGUGGUGAUUCAAGAGCCGUCCUUUAUCGAGGCAAAGAAGCCAUAGCUUUGUCGAACGAUCAUAAACCAAACCGGGAAGACGAAUAUGCACGGAUUGAGGCUGCGGGUGGCAAAGUUAUACAAUGGAACGGGCAUCGUGUCUUUGGCGUUCUUGCAAUGUCGAGGUCUAUUGGUGACGGGUAUUUGAAACCUUGGAUAAUUCCCGAACCAGAAGUGACAUUUACCGCCCGAGCUAGAGAAGAUGAGUGCCUAAUUUUAGCUAGUGAUGGAUUAUGGGAUGUGAUAUCGAAUGAGGAAGCUUGUGAAGUGGCUAGAAAACGGAUUCUGAUUUGGCACAAAAAAAAUGGCGGAAUCGCGCUCGAACGGGGCGUUGGAGGAGUCGAUCCGGCAGCGCAAGCGGCAGCCGAUUAUCUCUCGAUGCUCGCCCUACAGAAAGGAAGCAAAGACAACAUAUCCGUGAUCGUGGUGGACCUCAAAUCUCAAAGGAAGUUCAAACCAAAAACUUGAAUACUUUGCUAUAUGUUGUUGUUAUGUUCACCCAUCGUUUUAAUAUAUAGUUUUUGUAAAAUUUAAAGAAAAGAAAAAACAAAAGUGCGCCUGCUCGGGCCGCUCCGUUUUCGUAACGUCUGUAUGAGAAUUGAUUUGCUGAUUUGCAUAUGGCUUGUGUAAAUUGGCAUGCAUCACUUGUAUCUUUAUUGUAUAUGGAUUACUUUCGGUGCUUAA